AUGGUGCGACAGGUGGAUGAUUUGUGCCGCAUGCGGAUGCUGAUGGCCGGCGUGUACGUUGGGCUCGGCAUUUCUUCCACGUACGGCUUCAGCAUCUUCACAAAUCACCUGAAGACUAAGUACGGGUAUUCGCAAAGCGAAAUCACGACAAUCAGCACGGUCGGCACUUGCCUGAACUAUUUCAGCUUUCAGGCUGGAAUGCUGUUCGACUUCGUGGGUCCCGUGGCUUCUUUUCCGAUCGGCGGCCUUCUUGGAGGCCUUGGCUUCUUACUGUUUGGGCUGACCUUCGAUGGCCGCAUUCCGUCGAGCGUGGGACUGUUUGCCUUGUACCAGGGGAUCACCCACCUUGGCCUCCCGGCGAUGGACGUGUCUGCUGUAAUGACGCUGAUGGUGCAGUUCCCCUUGGACCGCGGCUAUAUGGUAAUGAUCAUGAAGGUGUUCAACGGGCUUGGCACCGCGGUGCUGAUGGCGUACUUCAACGGCUGGUUCAGGGCGGCUGACUCCGAAGACCCGGAGAAGGACAACUACUCCGGCUACGCGUACUUUGUUGGGGCGCAGAUCCUGUUGUGCGCUCUCGUUGGCGCGUACUUCACGCGGUUGCCGAUGUACUUUCCGUGCGCGUGGAGGAAGAGCCGGCUGAGCAGCGAGGAGAUCGCGGAGCGGGAGAAGACGCUUGACCUGUACAUGGCCCAGCGUGCGCCCCCGCGGCGUCUGAAGAUCGGGUUUUUCGAUUGUCAUUGGUAUGCUGAUCUUUUCCACAGUCCAGUCGAUUGCGACGGCGUACGUGAAGACGUCCCACGCGGGGUACUUGGCGAUCUCGAUCGUGGCGCUGCUGCUGAUGGCGUCGUUCUCCACGAUGGCGCUGCCGUUCCAGUUUCUGGGCCGCUACACCCCCGUGCGUGCAACGGAUAUGGACUGCAUCGGGGAGGCGGACACGGAGCCGAUGCCGCAGCAGCCAAGCGAAGACGUGUCAGCGGAGCCUGA